GAGAGAGAGAGAGAGAGAGAGAGAACCAAGAAGUGCUAGUUGCUGCUAAAGGAAAGUUCACCAGCUGCAAAUAUCUCACAGCCACAGAGAGAGAGAGAGAGAGAGAGAGAGAUCAUGGCGGCGUUGCAGAGACAGCGUGAUUCUGCGGUCUUUAAUGCCCGCAACAAUUCCAUGUUGCAAUCACAGAUGACAUGGUGGGUUUGAACUCUCGCUCACAAUUGAUCAGUUCCUCCCCAAAAUGGCAGGCUUCUUCUCUAUAGGCAGCGGAGGAAGAGGAACCCACAAGCAGCAAUCCCACCCCCCGGCGGUCGCCGAAGAAUUGGAGACCCAACAAGCCAACAACAGCAUCAGCGUCGACCCCGGCUGGUUGUGGUAUCGAAACGGCGUGGUCUCUUCCUCUUCUUCCUCCCACAAGGGUUUCGAGCUAUGCCACCAGCUACAACCGCAGCAGCAGCUACAGCUACAGCACCAGCAAGAUCUCUACUUGUCGUCGCCGCCGUCGCCGAGGAUGAACGCGUCGGAUGACGAGAGCCUGAGAUCGGGGCCGUCGGCGUUCCUGCUGAUGAGGGAAGGAGGGAUCAGCUGCCAGGACUGCGGCAACCAGGCCAAGAAGGACUGCGUCCACUUCCGCUGCCGCACCUGCUGCAAGAGCCGCGGCUUGCCCUGCGACACCCACGUCAAGAGCACCUGGGUCCCCGCCUCCAGGCGCCGCGAGCGCCAGCAGCUCCAGCUCCUCCACGGCGGCGACUGCGUCAAGCGCCUCCGCGAGGACCACGACCUCCCCCACGCUAAUUCCUCCGCCUUGGAGAUGGGGAAUUUCCCGGCGGAGGUCAACUCGUCGGCGCUGUUCCGGUGCGUGAGAGUCAGCUCCAUCGACGACAACGACGACCAGUACGCCUACCAGACAGCCGUCAACAUCGGCGGGCACGUCUUCAAAGGGAUACUCUACGAUCAGGGGCCCGAUCAUGCCAACUACAUGGCCGCUGGCGAGAGCUCCUCGGUGCACCUCGGCGGCGACGGCAGCGGCGGCAUCCAGCAGCUCAGUCUCAUAGCUGCGGCCGCUGCUGGCGACACGAUGACGACCCAAGAGGAUGGCAACAACAAUGCGGCGGUCUCACAGGUCGCGGCUCCUCUCUUCGACCCGUCUUCCAUGUACCCCACUCAGCUCAACAACUUCAUGGGUGGUGCACAGUUCUUUCCGCACCCGAGAUGAUGUUAGGAAAAACCCCCCGCACCUACUAUAAUCUUCGACAUGGGAUUACAGGAGUCACAUUCUGAUUAUCUUGAGUCCUCAGCGAUGAUUCCGCAUAUCAUCAUUUCGAUUUUCGGGUCGGUUCCGAUCCUGCGGCCCGAGCUUUUACAAUGUAAAAUUUUUGGAAGAGUGGUUAGGCGAGUGUGGUCUAAUUCGACCUUUCUCAGCUUUUACAGUGUAAAACUUUUUGGAAGAGUGGUUAGACAAAUGUGGCCUAUAACUUGACCUUUGGGGGAUAUCAUAUGAUAUGAUAUUAUUAUAUGAACACCGCACCACAUUGCGAAUGGCCACGAGAACAACGACCCACGAAAACAAGGGAAAAGAAAUGAACUUCCAGCGAGGAAAUUCCGAUGCUGAUGGUUGAAAAUUAUUGCCUGUGUCUUCUUCUUCCUGUACCUUGGAAUCUGAAGCUUGAAAAUUUGUUACCUUGGCAUAUUUAUCGUUCUUGUUUUUUCUUAUGAACAUGGGUGCAUUCGGGUACAUACGGCCCUAUCUUCUGGUUUGACAUCUUGUUCUUUUUAUUCUUUUGAUGGGUUGAAUUUCAUUGCGGGUGUGAAUAAUGAAUAGCUUUUCGGACUCGGAGACGUGCUUUUUCCCCGAUUACCCGUGCGGCUGCCGGGACACGGUUUUGAUUUUCGUGUUUUGGCUUGAGAAAGUGCCCCGAGAUUUUUGAAUCUGGAGAGAGAAGGAGAGAGAGAAACUCCAUGAUUUUCGCUUCAGUUGGACGGGCCCCCAGCCAUGCAUCGAGCCAUGCUUCGGUCAAGUUCUCAAGUUCAAGCGCGGAGGAGAGGCAUGCGGCGAUCUGACUUACAAUUCUGAUAAAUCGGAAAAGGGGGGAAGAUAUUUGGUCACGGCUAUGCAAGCUAUGUAGUACGCGCUUAAUGCAACUACAGGUGACUUUGCAUCAUUAGCAUUGUUUUAUGCAUUUAAGGUCCCAUUUCUAGAAGCCGUAAAAGCGUUCUUUUGGGUUCAUGAGUCGAUUUUUUCUUAGGCGAAACAGGAAGAUCUAGGUCGCAACACAUGUUUCUGCUGGGUUUCGGACAUGGUGGAAUGGCGUGUUUCCUCAAAACGCUUAUAGCAUAUCGCGUUUCAUCUUGAUAAGAUUGCCCGUGGGCAAAAAACAGUUCCUUUUGAAUCUAGCUUUUUAGAGGCUGUUGUGUAAGUGUGUGCUGUUCUUUAUAGUUCUCAAGCGUGAUGGGGUCACAGGAGGCUUUUGCUUAAUGAUGAUAUGUACAGUUAGAUUCUUCAGGCAUUAUUUCUGGUAAAAUAACUAAAACACUUCCUGGAGCUUGCUUAGAUGGUACUUACAAUUAGGGUGUUAUUGUUGUGCAUCUGUUCUCUUCUCCAUUAUGCCUUGAAAUGCUUCUUUCGAAAUCAAAAGCUGUACUUUUCGUUUUGAAGGCAUCUCUGGACGGUUCGAAUGAUAAAGCUCCAAACUUUGUCUCUCCUUAAUGUGAAUAUAUUCUCUAGUACAAAUGGAAAAGACACUGCAGCCAACUUAUCAUAUACAUAUAGUUAUAUGCAUCCAUUAAGUGGAUGAUUAUAAAUAUAUCUUAAAAAGUGUCAUCUUGUGAACGCUCUAGUGGAAACGGGUAUCGGUGUGUUAUGCCCUAGACCAAAGAGAAUUCAAACAAUGUGUUGGCUAACUUCUUAUGAAGAGGAAAGAAGAUGGAUGAUUAAUUACUAUACCUGUCCCGUCGAGGAACUGUCUCGUGAUAUGUCAAACCUCUUUUUUCCUGGUUAAUUCAUGACUUUCUAGGAGUCUCAUGCUGAUUAAAAUGACUGAUAUAUUUGGCACUCAUAGGAAGUUAACACAAAAAAUGCAAAGUUAUCCGGAUGAUGCUCAUACAUGACAAUUCCUGCAUCAGUUUUCUGGUCAUAGGUCAGACAAUCACCUAAGAAAGAAUUUCUGGAAAGCUUUAGAAGAUGUGUUCAGCCACGAAUUAAGUAAAUUAAUCUGCAGAACUGGCCUUUAUGAUCAAACGACUUAUUUUAUCUCCUAAAUUCCUCGUAAUUUCAAGAAAUAUAUAAAUUGCAAGAGAUACUAUUUGAAAUUUGUUUAGCCGGUUGAUGCUGCACAUCGAGACCGUCAGCAGGAAUAGUACUAAAAUAAAAAUUGCUAGUAACUUGUGAAAAUUCAUGAUUUAUUUAUCUUUGUCUCGGCAUAUUUGCUCUUUUAUAUAUUUAUCCUCUUUGUUAAUGAAUUAUCAUCCACACAUGACAGCUUUGAGAUAUAGGUACUGUAGGACACAGUGUUCUGAAAUCUGAAUCAUGAAGGCCAUUGCAUACACAUUUUUCUGCUCUAUCAUCAAAAUGUUUCCUUGUAUCCAUGGUGUUUGAUAAGCAAUGCCAUAGCUUUAAGGAAGAAUUGGAUUUGGACUUGAUGAGUGGCACAAAUCUCAUAUAAAUUCAUAUUCUUCUAUCUUUUUUUUUUUUUCUCUAAAUCCACAUCAGAAGACACACAAUUGUUGGAACACAGGCUGGCAGAUCCCAGCAGGCGGACUUUGUAGGAAAAAGCUGGAGGCUUAUCAUUUUCAAGACAUGAUCUGAAGCAUGUGUGUUUUAAUUGGCAAUAUUGCUUAUGUCCAGAUUAGAUUAGACUACUUUUCUUGUCACACCUUAAGAUAUGUGCUGCACUUAAGCAAAGUUUUGGCCAACUGAUGCUGCAAAAUUAUCAGGAGGAAGAGUAUUAUAUCGAGAUUUACCUUUUAUCAUGUGCUGAUGGAUCAUCGACCAUGAACAUCUCCAGAAUUCGAUAACUUCUCCUGGAAAAUGAGGGUGCAGUUUUCCUGUAAAAUUCCAUCGUACAAUGUCAACGAACUGCCAUUUCAAUAUUGAAAUUAAAAAGGAUGCUCCAAAUACUGGCAUUCAUAUUC